AUGUUCGAGCUGGCUUCUUUACUUGGAAUGGCAAGAACUCUGAAUCGAACUCCUUUAUUUUUUAUAGAAGAUGAAUCAUACGCGAAAAUGUUGGCGGAAAUGAGAAUUGUUAUUCCUGGUCUGGUGAAGCAAUAUCACAUUGUUAAUGGAUCGGUACCACCUCCAACUAAAACUACAUUCUUCACUGAUCGAUGUUGUGUUUAUGUUAAUCCAAAGAUUCUAUUGAAUAACGAUGACCUAUAUCUUCAUCUUUCUGGUUCUUUUUAUCAGAGUUGGAAAUACUUCCCAGAAAUGCGCGGCGAAUUGCUUGGAUACGUUAAAAAAUCCAAUAAAACCUCUGGGCUUCUUCCCAAAUCUGAUAUUAAAACAUUUGUAACUUGUGUUCAUGUCAGAAGAGGUGAUUUUCUACUUGUUGGAUUCGCAGCUUCUGAUGCAAGAUUUAUAAAAAGCGCUUUGAAAUUUAUUGAGGAAAAAGAGGACCCAAAAAAGCAAAAUAAGGUCAUCGUUUUCUUCGGUGACAGUAUUAAAUUCAUGAAGGAGCUGUCCAAUGAUCUAUUAUUAGUCAAUGGGAAACAAAAAAAAAUAUCUCACUAUAUAUCUACGAAUUCUCCAACGGAUGAUCUGAUUUAUGCGAAGGAAAAUUGUGAUGCCGUGCUGAUCAGUGCUCCACAUUCAACGUUUGGCUGGUGGAUUGGAUACUUUUCGAAAUAUAAUAAAGUGUAUUUCAUGGAUAUUCGAGCGACGAAUGAUCACGUUUAUGCACGGGAGAAGGCAAACUUCAUCCACAUGAUUAUUAUAUGCCACAUUGGAAAUCGUUAA